AUGAAGCUCGAACAACCACUGCAGUGUGUACUGCUUAGUGCAUCCUCCGUCUUCGCCGCUCCUCAAUCAUACCCCGCGAAUGGCACGACACCAGCUGAGUUCAGCUCAAAAUGUGCCGAUGUUGCUUCUAAACUCGCUGUCGAUGGUGCUUUCGUACACACGGCCGAGUUUGUCGCCGCCGGCACAAACUUGACACUCCCUCUAUACGACCAGACAUGCGCUGAAGCAUCGCCGCCUAUCACAGCAGACAUUUGCCGCGUCGCGCUUUGGGUUUCGACGUCCGAGCGUUCUGGCCUCAACAUGGAGGCAUGGCUUCCGGCCAACUGGACAGGACGAUUCCUCUCUGGUGGCAAUGGUGGUCUGAACGGCUGCAUCAAAUACGAAGAUUUGGCCUACGCGUCUGGUCUGGGAUUUGCGGCUGUUGGAACCAACAACGGUCACAACGGCACGAGCGGCAAACCGUUCUACAACAACUCGGAUGUUGUGGAAGAUUUCGCAUACCGAGCCCUUCACACUGGUGUUGUGGUCGGAAAGCAGAUCACCGAAGACUUCUACGGCAAGCCGCACGACAAGUCCUUCUACCUUGGAUGCUCCACCGGAGGAAGACAGGGAUUCAAAAUGGCUCAGGACUUCCCAGACGAUUUUGACGGUAUUGUUGCGGGAGCACCAGCCUUCUCUUUCAACAACCUCACUUCAUGGAGCGGACAUUUCUACACUCUCACGGGCCCAGCAAAUGCUUCCACUUUCGUCCCCAUGUCAAAGUGGGCGGUGGUGCACGCUGACGUCCUGAAGCAAUGCGACAAACUUGACAACUAUGAAGAUGGCAUCAUCGAGGCUCCCUUGCAUUGCAAGUACGACCCUUCUGGCUUAGCUUGUGUUGAAGGCAGCAACACCACUACCUGCCUAACACCAGAGCAGCUCGAGACCGUGAAGGCCGUCUACUCGCCACUCUUGAACGACAACGGAGACCUCGUAUAUCCCCGUCUGCAGCCCGGUGCUGAGCUUGGCGCAGCCGCUGUUCUCAUGAACGGACAGCCCUUCCCAUACACAACGGAUUGGUUCCGCUACGCUGUCUACAACGACCCUACCUGGGACCCAGCGACAAUCAGCUCAAAGGACUACGACAAUGCCGCACGACUGAACCUCUUUGGAAUUGAAACCUUCAAGGGUGACCUGAGCGGAGUGAAGGACCGUGGCACUAAAGUGAUUCACUGGCACGGUGGUGCCGACUUCAUCAUCUCAUCUGAGAACUCACCUCGGUACUACGAACACGUUUCUUCUACCAUGGGUCUUUCUUCCGACGAGCUCGACGAAUUCUACCGGUUCUUCUAUGUCAGCGGAACUGGUCACUGCGGUGGAGGAGAUGGCGCGCAUGCCAUCGGUCAAGGUCUUGGCGAGAUCAACGGCUACGAGCCCAGUCACAACGUACUGAUGGCUCUGGUCGACUGGGUAGAGAAUGGAAACGCACCCGAGACACUGAUCGGCACAAAGUUUGUAAACGACACGGAGGCUCUUGGCGUUGAGUUCGAGCGUGCGCACUGCAAGUUCCCCAAAGUCAAUCAGUACCAGGGCGGCAACCCGGAUGUCGUUGAGAGCUGGGAGUGCGUUGACCCAUAG